AUGCUUAGCGUCAAAUUAGUUUAUGCAACACUGAAUUUGCUUGCCGGUUUCAUGGUAAAUAUUGCUUGAUAUUUCUAGUACAUUCUUAUUCUUCCUUAAUGGUCUUCCGGAAUUGUUACUGACAUCACUGACGACUGAGAUAAAGACUUUACCGCCCUGUAUAAAACUGAUACCGGAAGUAAUAAUCACAAUUCUACAACAAGCAUAGGUUGUUCUUUCGAAACGGGACGAACCAAAUUUCGUUGGAUUCAGCCCCCCCGGUGGGGGGGUAUUCCCUUAUGUAAGCUAUGCAGGUAUGUGCCGCCCCAUCGGAUAGGGUUUUUGUGCCAUUUUGGUCUGAAAACGGCUAUACACUUUGCCCAUUUUGGUCUGGAAUCGGUUUGGGUUUUCGAGGGAACUACUGGAGUGUAUGAACAUUUUUAUCGUUUCAAUUCCAAAUGAGUAAGAAAGAAAGAGAAAUAAACAAAUUCGAAAUGGAUUUGAAUAAUUUUUGUGUUUGCACCCUAAUCUGAUAAUGAUAACAUAAUUUCUGCCUAAAGACCAGGUGUGAAAACGGGACGUAUAGAUUUCAGAGGUCUGGUCUGAAAACAGGUUUGGAUAAUUACAUUUUUUGGACUGAAAUCCGGUCAGGAUUUGAAGAACCGGGCGGCACAUCCCCACCAAGAAUUCCCAGGAGUAACCCCCCGGGAAUUUCGCUAAUUUAGAAAACAAAUAAUACGAUAGUUGGUUUUGCAGUCACUUGUAGAUUGUAUUUUCAAAUUACAGUUUACCUAUCAUGACUUAUUACGUCUCAGUAAACUGAAAUGUUUGGUUUUUAGAAAGACGAUUUUUCUCAGAAAGCGAUUACUAAAGCGUGACGUUUCCAAGAACUGAUUAAAGCAGUCACGCACUAUCAGCUCCAGGAAGUAGAAAGCUCUAAAAGAGACAUUGGGAAAGCGAAGGACUGGGCCCCGCUUGCAUCUCAUGAAUCUCAGUAAACUUUAAAAUAAGUAUACGUGGUCGCUUAACAAAUGGCGAGCGGUGUUAAGCUUGUUGAAUGAGUAGAAAACAAAUUCAACGUUUUUUAAAAACGAUAUUGUUGUUUAACAAGUCGCUACUUUAAUUGAACGGAUCGUAUCGAUCCCACCCAUUUUUGUUCUCGUUCAACAAAACGUUUAACAUGUCGAAUGGCCUAUUACAGCAUUCAACAUGGCACGAUACGCGGGCUUGGUUGAAACAUUUGUUGGUCAAAAAAUGACCUUUUCCACAUAUUCACGGGUGUUAUAAUUAAAACGACCGUACCUUGCACUAAUCUGCUGACUUUGGUAUUCUUUAAACUGUGUUGAAAAAAAAAUCUGGGAAAAUGGAACACAGCAGGCGCACUAGCACUAAACGUAAACAUCUUUUCUCAUAGUUCUCUUUCACAUCUUUUCGUCUGUGUGAUCAAUCGCUUUUUGUUCUAGGUUCUUAGUGAGAUGAGCAGUCAGGUAUGUGAUAAACUAUCGGAAAGGCCAUGGCAAAAAUACGAUACAUCGUCUGUACCAAAGAUUCCGGGCAUUUAUGCCAUAGGUGAAAAAAAAGUUGGAAGCAAGAAAAUUGAAUACAUGUAUGUUGGAAGAUCAGAGGAUAUGAAAAGAAGAUUACAGCAGCAUAAAGGUCCAACCCCGCAACAAGACAUAGACCAGUGA